CUUCCUUGCCGGAUAACAACUUCCGAGGUCAACCUUUCCGCUCCAUGCGCGAAGUGACAACAGCAGUCAGUCAGGAAAUAGUUCCACUUUUUAAACCAACGGUUUUUUUUUGUUGGCUAGGUACACUUUGACGUUCGUAUUUCGUGAUUUACUCACUUUUUUUUAAUGUUUACUUUUUUUUUCUAAUUUGAAUCUUUUCAAAAUGGUGUUUUACUUCACAAGUGCCGUGGCGGAGCCUCCUUACACCAUUUACAUGGGAAAAGACAAGUAUGAAAACGAAGAUCUUAUCAAGUACGGCUGGCCCGAAGACAUCUGGUUUCACGUGGACAAACUGUCCUCAGCUCAUGUUUAUCUCCGCUUGCCAAAGGGUGUGACUAUCAACGAUAUUCCUCCGGAGGUGUUGAUAGACUGUGCGCAACUGGUGAAAAACAACAGCAUUCAAGGCUGUAAGAUGAACAACCUCAGCGUGGUUUACACGCCGUGGGCCAACCUGAAGAAGACCGGGGACAUGGACGUGGGACAGAUCGGCUUCCAUCGACAGAAGGAGGUGAAGACGGUGGCCGUGGAGAAGAAAGUCAACGAGAUCGUGAACCGGCUGGAGAAGACCAAAGAGGAGCGCUACCCCGACCUAGCGGCCGAGAAGGAGUCGAGGGACCGAGAGGAGCGCAACGAGAAGAAAGCUCAGCUGCAGGAGCAAAAGAGACGCGAGAAGGAAGAGCAGAAGAAGAAGAAGGAGAUGGAUGAGCUCAAGUCAGUGCGCAUGCUCUCGCCCUUUACAAGAGGAGAAAACAAGGUGCUACACUUCGCUGAUGAAGAGCGAAAACAUGCAGACCAACGAGGACGGCUACGAUUCCGACGACUUCAUGUGAGGAGGACGUUGGUCACGACACGCAUUGAAACGAAACGUUAGGGGGGAAGAAAAAAAAACAAGGGGGACAAACGGAGCAGUGACAACCCUGCCCCAAGCUAACAUGGCCGCCGUGCCCUGGAUGGAGGACGCCCGUUCAACAUAGAUGUGAAGACUCGAUAUGGCGACGUGUCUACGUGGCGGCCAUAUUGGGGACGUUCCCAUCAAAGGCAUUGGACAAUGAAAUGAAGUCGUAACUUGCUUAUUACUCAACCGAUUUUCACGAGGUUUAUUUUUUUAUUUUAUUGUGUGAACGCCAAAGCGUGUGCUGUCAGUCCGUAACAUUUUGGAAAAAAGAAAACGCCCCCCCCCCCCCCAACAUAGUUUUAACACGUGAAAAGUGUUGUGUUGUGAUUGUACGCCGUUGUACGCAAAGCGUAUGCGGCACAAUGUACCGGCGUCCUUGGUCUUGUGGUUUUCUUGCCGCGCUGACGUCUUUGACCCGCCUAGCUUAGCGUUGCUGUAGGCACGCAGCUCAGAAGGGGCAUCAUACCUACUUUUUCAGCUCAAUGGGACAAGCCGAGGACCGAUUUUGAAUUGAUGUUCAGCUCUGACUGAUUGGUUGCACUUUUUUUGUUGUUGUGGUCGUUGUUGCAUGUCAAGAGUUUACAAUCAGGGCUAUUUUAUUUGACAAUACAGACUCUUUUCCCAGAAAUAAAUAAACUCAAAGCACCUGCACAGUUUAUUGGAAUAUGUGCAAAAUGUGGGCUGAUUUUCUCACAGUAUUAAAAUUUUUUGAAUUCCUGAUUUUGUGGGUUUUAUGAGCUGGAAGCCCAAAUUAUGUAAAAAUAAACAAACAAAUACUUGAAAUUGUUUAAAUUGUGGGCCCUGAAUCUAUAACCUAUGAAUGUUUAACAUUUUGAAUGGGAUUAUGGAAAUACAUUUUUCCAUGAUGAUCAACUUUUUGGGAAACGGUCUGUAUAUCGAUUAUAUUUUCACGUGUCUGUUUAAAAUCUAUUUUAUGCAUUUUCACAGCAUUUUAGUUGAGAAAAUACAAUAUAAUACUUGUUCAUAUGAUCAAUGA